AGAAAGAAACAAUCGCAACUAUAUUCUAAUUCUUAAGGGGCUUCGUACAAAACAGGUCUAGCAGUAUACAUAUAAAGACCAUGGUUAUUAUCUUAUUUCAACAAAAAUCGAUUUGUGCUUCACUUUUGCCAUUGGACGCACCGUCUUGUCUCUGCGCUCCUCCAAGAUCUCGCGGGAUUAAAGAUGUAACGGGUGGUUAAGAAAAAAAAAAAGGAAAAAAAGGUGGUUCGGUAUCUGCACCGGGUUGUCAGCAGAGCGGCACAGGUAGCCAGCUGCACCUCUGUGGGCUCACGCUCGUCUACCUAGCGACGCUUGACUCAGUACGUGACACGACUGGGGAGUAUCUGGAGGUGCGAGCCUCGGCGAACCAGCCCGCUCCAUCAUAACCGGCGCAGGUCACCUUAGCGCUCUCCUACCGGCAUUUUCCGUCCACCGUCUCCGAAGAUGAUACCUGGCAAACGCAGAGCUGCAGUCAUGAUCUUCUCGGUGGCGAUAUUUGGAGCUCUGAUGCUGCAGUCCGUCUCAUCUCAGAACGAGCCGUCCAUUGCUGCCUCUGAACACGUCACGCUUCCAGUGGAAGGAGAAAGCCUCACACUGCAGUGCAACCUGACCAGCCCCCACAGCACCGUCCAGGAAAGCUUCUGGAUGAAGAACGGCGAGGAGAUCCCAGAAACGCGUGACUCAAGCAAGAACACUGAGUACAGGCUGAAAAGACCAAGAGCAGAUGACGCUGGAGUGUACAUGUGUGUCUACAACUUCAGCACGACUCCUUCGGCCAACGCCACCAUCGAAGUUAAAUCUGCUCCUGAGAUUGUAGGCCACAAACGUAGUGAGAAUAAGAACGAGGGCGAUCACGCUAUACUCCACUGUAAGUCUGUGGGUUAUCCUCACCCUGUGUGGUCCUGGCGCAGGAACGACAAGGACUUUGAAAACUCAACACGCAUCUACAUCGUCAGCAAAGACAACUACACAGAGCUCCACAUUCUGAAUCUGGACAUUGAUGAAGAUCCAGGGGUGUACGUCUGCAACGCCACCAACAUGAUUGGCCACACUACUGAGAAAUCUGUGCUGAGGGUUCGCAGCCACUUGGCCCCCUUAUGGCCUCUCCUGGGGGUUUUGGCUGAGAUCAUCAUCCUGGUCGUCAUCAUCGUUGUUUAUGAGAAGCGCAAGAAGCCAGAAGAUUUACAAGACGAUGAUGAUCUAGCUGGACCAAUGAAAACUAACUCGACCAACAACCACAAAGACAAGAAUCUCCGCCAGAGGAAUACAAACUGAGCAGCCUGUCUGCUGAGUCUCAUUACACAUGUAUUGACCAUAUGAAGGUAAACAAGAAUGGACUCCAUACCCGUUGUUUAUAGGACACAUCUGCCAUUAAAAGUAUGGUUGUGGAGGAAUUAAAUGAGGCAUGCCUUAUGAUUUUAUUGUGUGAGGGUGUGAGGUCAGGAGGUACCCAAACCAUUAUAGAAUUGUUAACAUUAUAACCAUUGUGACUGCAUGCGGUUGUUGACGUUUAUUAUUUUUCCUCAUGCUCUUAACCACUAAUUUAACAUUUUUACUACUUCUAAAAAUAAUGCAUGCAAGACGUUGACCUUCUGUUUGCUACAGAAAUGGCUUUUUUUGGUUUUAUUUUGUUUUUUCUCUGAGAGUGGCUUCAUUUUAAUAAUCUGUACUGUGUGUUUUAGAGGAAAAACGACACUCAGCAAAAGAAAAUACCACCGUAAUCUGGUAUGACAGAUGUGUACAGUUUUAUCAUCCUGCUGCAUACCAUUGGUUCAUUUUAUCCGACAGUAUCUAUUACAUUUAAGGGCUUUGCAAUGUCCCUCUAAAUUUGAUUAAGAUCUACUGUAUGUAUGUACUGUAUGUAUUAAAUCAUAAUAACUAUGUAUCAGAUCACCGUUAAUAUAAAGACUAUCCAUAUUAUAUGAUGCACUUAAAUGUUGAAAAGUAUGAAAAAAACCUGUAUAAAAGCCUACUUUAGGAAAUCUGUACUAAUCAUUCUAACGUAUUAUUUUAUAAUUAUGUGUAUUGUACAGCAUGGCUAUUAUCCUAUGCAAUUAUCAUCCAUAUCAGUAUAUGGCAAAUCAUUGCAGCUUUUGAUUUCUCUGUGACAAAGCUUUAAUCUAGUAGGAUCACCGUAGAGCGUCGAUGGCACACAACACAGCUGCAUGAAUUCUCGACAGCUUACGUGGGGCAGAAAGGAAAGCCCGCGUCCGAGCUGACACAUGUGAAGCAAUUCCAAGAUCCCGAGUCAUUUUUAAAAAUAAAUAUCUUUAAAAAAUCA